GUGCAAGCUCCUCCCUCUCCAGGAAGAAAAGUCCAGAUUAUACAAGGAAGUGGAAACACAAGACAGUUUUACCUUUGGAGAUAAAAGUGCCCAGGGGUUGCUUGUCUUUAGGUUGAGGAAGAGACUCAGAAGCCUUCCAGAAAAGAUUGAUUUUCUAUUUGUGGUGAUGGCUGAGGCAGAUCUCUCCCUAGCAAAAGAACCUACUGGGUUCUUUUCUGACAACUCUGCGGAACCAUUGGAAGACCCCAGUUCAGUCCAGACGGAGAAGUCAUCUCCUGAAGCCAAGCCUGCCUGCCAGUUUUUCCUAGAAGGACGUUGCCGCUUUGGUGCCCGCUGCCGGAACAGUCAUCCUGGUGACACUGCGGACACCAGUCAUGUAGAAGAGCAGAGGCCCACCUGCAAGCCUUCCAAACAGCUCCCAAUGAGCAAGAAGCCUCCCAUGAAAACAGCUGAGGAUGUUAUCUCCCGUCUCCUGUGGGAUGACCAAGUGCCAAUUGAUUCCUUCUCUAUUGGUUACCUUGACCGUUUUUUGGGGGUGGUGGAGCAACCCUUUACCGCUUUCUCCUGGGAGGAUUUGGCUUCAGCUGGGCCUGGCGUGUUGGCUAUCCCCAAACACAGGAUCCAUUAUUUCAAAUACGGGACUCGUGUGGUGUGGGACAAAGUCACUCGCACGGAUGAUGUUUUUGGGUCCACAGGAAGCGGAAUAACCAUGUUGGAGGUGAUAAAGGAAGAAAAGGAGAAAGAUCGGGCCAUCAAAGAGAAGAACCACCAUCCUUCAAAUGAAGAUGGAACAAAGGAGGCAUCUGCUAUAGGACAAGAGGUGGCCAAGGACAGUGGAGAGGAAGGGGAUGGAAAUAAUGACAAGGAGACUGGGGAAGCCAUGGGUAGUUUGAAAGCUACUGGAGAUACAUAUGUCUCCCUGGAUGGAAACACUGUGGAGAAGGAAACAGGGGUAGCCAGCUCAAUUACAGAUGGAAAAAUGGACAAAGACAUCUUCUGCAUUGAAGAGGAAGGUGAACUAGAUAUGAAGGACAGCCUCACCUUGGAAAGUGGAGCUGGGAAAUACUUCCCUCCUUCUAACAAGCGUCCCACCCAUUUCAUGGCUAUCCGUAUCACCAGCCCAGAGAUCCUGGAAGCUGUGAAAGGUAUCCAAGAUGCCCUUUGUGAGCUUCAUCCAGACUUAGAGAAGUUCUGCAUGCCCUUGGCUAGCUUACACCUCACACUUGGCCUACUGUGUUUGAACACCCCAGAAGAUAUUGACAAAGCAGUUGCGGCUCUCCAAGAGCUGCACACCAACAGUCAGACCCUUCUGCCUCCAGGCCUGCUGCUCUCCUUCCAAAGGGUUGAGACUUUCUUUUCACGUGUGCUCUAUCUGGCUCCACUCCCUGUGCCUCAAUUGGGUAGAUUGGCCCAAACUUUGGAGGAUGCCUUCAGCAAGAAGGGCCUGGCUGUGGUUUCUCUUCCAAACAAAGAGAAGCUCCACUUGACCAUGGUAAAGAUCUCACGACGGAAGGGAAUGCCACAAUUGCCAGGAGAUCUCUCCUGGAUUCCCACUAUUGACCAUUUAGGGACACAGGCCAUAGAGACGUUAUGCUUAUGCAAGUGUGGGACAAGUUCAACUGAUGAGUUUUAUAGCACUGUAUGUCAAAUAGAUUUACACUGAAGAUAUUGUGCCACAGGAUGGCAGCUUUAAAGCCCAGAUUUACUCCAUGUAGGAGAGCUGGACCAGCAGCAUCCGAUGAGAAGGCCGACAGGGUGGAAAGCUCUACUGGAGGAGAACAGUUGGCUCUCAUUUGCGGUUUUGAUUAUUUGCCAGUAUAAUAUGUUCUCUCUAGGGCAGUGUUUCUCAACCUGGGGGACGGGACCCCUGAGCAAAUAUUUACAUUACAAAUAAUAACAGUAGUAAAAUUACAGUUAUGAAGGAGCAACAAAAAUAAUUUUUUGGUUGAGGGUUGCCACAAGAUUGGGAACUGUAUUAAAGGGUCGUGGCAUUAGGAAGGUUGAGAACCACAGCUAUAGGGAUCUCCGUGUAUUCAGUGGUCAAAUUCCAGCAGCCAUUAACUAGAGUCAUGCUGGAGAACCUAGAAAGAAUACUUCUAUAGCAUUUAUAGGCCAUCCAGAACAAUUUUUUUUGAAGUUAAUCACAGAAUUGCACUGCAAGACCUCGAAAAACAUUCUCUCAGGUAAAAGAUGUUUUGUAAUUCACAUGAGGCCACUUGGUGGCACAGCAGGUUAAACCACUGAGCUGCUGACUAAAAGGUUGGCGGUGCAAAUCCGGGGAAAGCUCCUGCUGUUAGGCCCAGCUUCCACCAACCUAGCAGUUUGAAAACAUGCAAAUGUGAGAAGAUCAAUAGGUACCACUUCUGCGGGAAGGUAACAGCGCUCCAUGUGGUCAUUCUGGCCAAAUGACCUUGGAGGUGUCUAUGGACAAUGCCGGCUCUUCAGCUUAAAAAUGAAGAUGAGCACCCCCCCCCCCCAAAGAAUCAGACACGACUAGACUUAAUGUCAGGGGAAACCCUUUUGCUCAUAUUUCCCACUUUCACAGGGGUCUGGUGCUCCUAACCACAGCAAAUGUGGAGGGAUUGCUGCUUUCUUUGGCUGUGCAACACAAACCAAAUACCUUCAAGAAUCAGCUUGUCAAUGGGUGGAGGGUAGAACUACAUGCAAGCAUUUCCCAAUGAACAGCAGCUGGACAUAUGGAGUUGAGCCUGAAUACCUUCCUGUUGUCAUUGGCUGCUUGGAAAAAAUGUUGUGCAAGGAAGAAAUAGGUAUCUCCUUGCACAACUUCUUUAUAGGCAAUUGUAUGAUAUUAUAAUUGCUUUAAUCAAGUAAAUGCAAUGGGAUUUUAACAUUUUAUGUUGUUCUUUAAAAUUGUGACCAGUUUUGAAUCCCAAUUCUUUGGUUCAAUUGGGAUAUAAAUAUAAAAUAAUAAUAUCUAAUGUAAGAAACUCAGAAAAUUCAGAGCAGCAAUGGCGUUAGUGUGGUGGAAAAAGGACAGGAAAUGGCAAUUUAAUCCCAUUUCAAGUAACCUAUCUGCUUCAUUGACUAUUCUAAAGCCUUUGACUGUGUGGAUCAUAAUAAAUUGUGGCAAGUUCUUAGUGGGAUGGGCAUCCCAAGCCACCUUGUCUCUCUCCUGAGGAAUCUGUACAAGGACCAAGUAGCAACAGUAAGAA